AUGACUGCACCUCGUAAGCUGGAGGAGAGGCGCGUCGCCGCAAUAGAUAUAGCCAGGUCUGUACCAGAAAAUGUCACCUCACAGUACAUACCAUCGCCGAUCCAUGAAGACACAUGCGGUAGACAUGGCUUGACCGCAUCCAACGGCAGCAUUGAUCGAUAUGGCGAAGGCCUCCAUGCUAUCAGACGGGACGCAGGUAUCAGGCUGACCGCUGCGGCACCUGCAUAUGGUGACGUGAAUCUUCCUGAGCUGUUCAAGACAGAACAGCUGACAACGGUGAAAGAGAACAAUGAAAGGUCGGACCACGAACACCUGCAGGAGCGUUUCGAUGUGCUCGAACAAGAGAUUCUCGAACAAGAGAUUUUGAGCAUAUGUACAAAGUGGCAGGCAGCGUUGGAAUCGGAGUGUACGAUGGGCAUUUGUCUUGUGGAUAGGGCAUUAGAAGACCAAGACCAGGAGGUAGAGCAGACUGCGGCAAAGAUCUCUGCAGAGCGAUCGAAACACAACCGGCGCACGAUAACCACCAGAGCAGCCCGAGAGCCUGUCUCGACUGCAGUCCGAGACUAUCGAAGGGUGCUCCGAAAUCGUCCUGCUAGCAUCGACGGCCCUUUGCAGAAUGACCAAGGACAGUGUGUCGCAACUAUUGAUGGAAUGGCAAGUUACUCGUACAGAAAACUCGGGAAAAAUUACGCUGAAGAAAUUAAGAAUGCCAGAAUGUCAGCCAUGCCGAGGGAUACGGGAAGGGGAACACUUACAGAAACAUGCAAACACAUCCUCCAUUCUUCACCUUCCGAAUCCACAAGCGCAUCGUUGAUGCAAGUAACCACAGCACGAGGGUGCAUCAUGGAAGCCUCCGUUAGCCACAACCCUCCUCAUUUGCAAUGGCGCGAGCAUUAUACUCAGGACGAAAAUGCGCACACAGUGCCUUUGGUAAUGCGAACGCUACAAUGCUUACGGCUGUAUCGCGCACAGACCGCAGAAGGUGGAUCAUCGACAAACAGUCUUGAGUGUCUCCACUCUACCAGCAGGGGACCUGUGGAUGGACUGCUUCCUUUCGGCAGGAAGCUCAGCGAACUCACGAGAACGCUUGUGGAUCUGUUACAGAAGUGGUCUGCCUUCCACCCAAUAUCACCGGAUCAUCGGGGGAAGGACCAAGGGAGGACAAUGAUCGCACUUGAGAAGAGUCAAGCUAGUCCUUUGUUGAAGACGCUGAAGAGCAAUCUUGUCGAAGAACAGAUGCGAGAUGAAGAGAACAUAUCACAGAGGGCAAUCAACGAUGUCGGAGCAGAGCAGCAUGAUGGAGAGAACAUACAACGACGGGCAAGCCUAUACGUACCAUUUGACGACUCUUCAGAUAUCUGGUCUCUCCCUGCACUCGUUGCCCCAGCCUAUAUCCUCCCCAAUAUUUCCGAGCGCCCUUCCCUCGAGCCGUUUAUGACGAAUGCCAUGAACGAAACUACGCUAGAUGAUCCUUUCCGAGCGGGUUCGGGGACCUUGGUCGACGAAGCUAUGGGCCGAGUUGAAACAGGCGGCCGUCAACAUUUGCGGGUGGUCAAGACCAAAGACCCGCUCCGACUUCGCAGGUUGGCCUUGAGCAAUGUUGCACGAGAGUAUGGGUUAGCUGUACCAAGAGUGCAGUCCUGGCGAGAGGAUAGAAUGAUUAAUGCCGGCGUGCAUCAUCGACUGGGAGGCAACGAUGACCCGCCCGCUCUGGGCGUGCGCACACGUCCCCACGUUCUUCCACCUCCCCCUUUCACUGCAAGGAUCUUCCGUGCGAUGGUCGAGAAGCUCGCACAACGUCCGUGGCUUGCGAUCAUCAACGGGCACCCCAUCGACCUCGCGCGCAUCGCGGCGGGGUGGCUGUACCGCGAGGCGAGCGGUGCACGUCUGCGCAUGGUAACCGGUAUCUCGAGUGGGAUGGGUGGGAGGAAUGGCUGCCGCGAGGAUGAGGACGAGCGCACGCCUGUGGGCAGCUGGCCCCGGUUUCCCAUGUUUACCUCUGCGACUCUCGCGGAGAGUGCGAGCGAAGAUGAUAAUGUGCGGCAUAUCGGGAAUGCGAAGGGGGUCGGUGGUGGCAGUGGCGGUGCCGUGGGCACCCGCCAGUUCCGCUAG